CUGCUGUUUCCUCACACACCGUCACACAGUGGUCUUCAUUACUCAACUCGCAUUUCAGGUUUUCUCUCUCUUUUUUACAACUUCUGUCCCAGUAUGACCACAUGGCUUUGUCCUCAUUUUACUUCUAGAAAAUCCUACUAUGCUGCUACCCUCUCAUUUCUCCUGCUGCUUAUUGGACCUAGCAGCACACAAGGGCUUCGUUCUGCUGCUUUAAGAGCUGAGCAGGAAGAGCGAUUGAGGAUUAGAUCUGGGGCAAUUGCUGACACCAAAACUGAAACUGGAUAUGACAAUCGACAUUCUUCUAGACUGGAAGUUGCCGUUCAAGAGGAUGCUAUUGCUCCAAGGUUUGGGACAAGUGUGAGAGAGCUGCACAGUUCCUCUCGUUGUGUCCCUAUCCCGUUGGGCAUGGCUUUAUGCCAGCACAUUGGAUAUGACACCAUGAGGAUGCCCAACCUGCUGGGCCAUGAUUCUUCUGCAGAGGCAAUACAGCAGAGCAGCAGUUGGCUGCCGCUACUUGCCCGAGAAUGCCAUCCUGACGCCCGCAUCUUCCUCUGUUCUCUCUUUGCACCUAUCUGCCUUGACAGGUUCAUAUCACCCUGCAGGAGUUUAUGUGAAUCUGUUCGGGACAGCUGCGCACCAAUCAUGGGUUGCUAUGGCUACCCCUGGCCAGAUAUCCUGCGUUGUGACCAGUAUCCUGCAGACCAUUUCAUGUGUAUCUCUUCCAUCACCAAUGUCACUGUUCACACAGUAGGACAUAGAGUGCCUCAGGCAAGCUGCCAGGAUUGUGAGCUGGAAAGGACAUCAUCUUUAAAAGAUAUGCUGGAAACAUUUUGUAGGAGUGAUUUUGUUGUGAAACUACGUCUAACACGGCUCAAGUACAGUCCAGUAAGUCUGUCCCAGUUCUCCCUGGCUGCCAAACUGACUGUUCUGAAGCAUGGACCACUGCUCGGUGGGGAGAUCCGCUCUCGUGUAGAGCUGUGGCUGGAGAGGGAUGCCACCUGUGUUAAGAACAUUACACGGCACCACCAACAAGGGGGCACCUUUCUGGUGACAGGAACAGUGCAGGGUGAGCGCCUGGUGGUUAACAAAGCUUACAUCUGGCAAAGAAGUGACAAGAACCUAAUGGCUGCAGCACGAAGAUGGAAACACCACCGAUGCAGGCGCUAGGAUUAUGUCUGACAAUACAAAUAUUAAGACUGAGACUUGAGAAAAAUGUUCAAUGGCUGUGAUUAGCAAAGCAUGAAAAUAACAUUUAAAUUUUGAUAACAUAGGCUUGGUAAAAUCUUUUAAUUUCCUGUUAUGACACUAUGAGAAAAAGCAAUCACAGAAACCAUCAACUACCAUCGUGGCUCUUGGGCAAUGGAUGGCAAAGAAAAGGUAAAUGCUUCUGGAAAAUGUAUAUAUCUGUGAAUUGUAAGUAAAUACUACUGAACUAUAUUUGUAUGGUUAUGACAAAAAAUAAAAUUUAUGUUUGAAACC